AUGUUUAAGAGAUUGAAGAUGGCUACUAUUAACAAGAUUUGUACUCAUUCAGGAUCUUUUCAUGCUGAUGAGGCGUUGGCGGUUCACAUGUUGAAAUUGCUCCCGGAAUGCAAAAAUGCAGAGGUUAUAAGGUCAAGAGACCCCCAAAAGUGGGAAGAGGCGGACAUAGUCGUUGAUGUGGGCGGCAAAUACGAUGGAGUGAAGUUCUUUGAUCACCACCAACGUGAGUUCAAUGAGACAUUCAGUAACGCAUAUAAGACGAAGCUUUCAAGCGCGGGUUUGGUUUACAAGCACUUUGGAAAAAAUGUUAUCAAGGCGGUAUGUCCCGAAAUCAAGCCCGAAGAGGUAGAUACCAUCUACGAAGAAGUGUAUAAGGAGUUCAUCGAGGCUUUUGACGCUAAUGAUAAUGGUAUCAGCAACUUCGACAUUGAAGAGCUAGGCGUAAAACCAAAGUUCCAUGAUAAAAAUAUCUCUAUACCCGGUAUCAUCUCCAGGAUGAAUCCUAACUGGAACGAAGACUGCUCGGAAGCUAAAUUCGAUGAGCAGUUCUUUAAAGCGUCCGCUUUCGUUGGAACGUGCUUUGAAAACGUCGUAGACAACUACUGCCGCGCGUGGCUCCCCGCUUUGGAACUCGUCAGGGAAGCCGUCAAGAACCGCGAAUCCGUUGAUCCUAGCGGUUCCGUAAUCCUCUUGGAACGCUUUUGCCCCUGGAAACAGCACCUCUACCAAGUAGAGCGCGAGCUAGGGAUCCAGGAUACCAUAAAAUUUGUGGUCUUCAAGGAUUCUGCCGGCACUUGGCGCGUCUCCACCGUCCCUGUCUCGUCUUCUUCUUUCAAGUUCAGACACGGACUACCUGAACCCUUGAGAGGCCUCAGAGACGAAGAACUUUCGGACAAGAGCAGCAUCCCCGGGUGUAUCUUCGUCCACGCUUCGGGUUUUAUCGGUGGCGCACAAACCAAGGAUGCUGUGCUGCAACUCGCAAAACAAAGUUUAGAAUAG